AUGCCAGGCCAACGUGUCGAUCAGAUGGUCAGCGACAUGACUGAUGAAGAGUACCGCGCGGCUGAAGAAAACUACGAAAACUACCACCCCCAGGCUGACUUGAUGAGUUUCGAAGAGCGUAUGGAGCACCACAAAUACGAAGAAGAGCUGUAUGAAGACCAGGCACAAGGGCGUGAUAGUGAUGUUCGUGCUCGUAGAGCUGAUUACGCUUCCAAUCCGCCUGGGCGUUCCAACUAUGGUGGGUCUCGGAUGUCUCGUUCACGUGGGGAGCGUCUGCCAUGCGUUAUCCAUGCGAAAACUCACCGCAACACAGUCGCCACACAGGCGAGCACAAUGGUGGCAUUUGGCAAUCAUAUUGCCAUCUCCGUCAAACACAGCGUUGCAGGAGCGGGGAGCGUGCUGGUAGGCGCGCCGGGCACGACGGCAACAAAUGUUCUCAUUCAAGGCCGGCAAGGGCCCAGCGCUUCGGACAGCGAGCGUGACGAAUUGGGGCUGCCAACGCGGAAGAAACGUGCACGUAACGGCAGAGUUUUUGGAAAACUUACGACAGCAGCCAUGAUAGCAAGGGAGAUGGGAAAAGUAAACAUCAUCAUAGUCGCACGUCAACCACACGCGUCACGCAUCCAAAUCAGAACUAUGCGAGCGGUCCCUCCUACCAUCAUGGCGAUCGUCGUGGCACCGGUAGAGGAGGGUAUGAAUAUGAGGCUUCCUCUGAAGGCGAGUCACUGGUCGGAGAUUCUCACGGCCUAA